AUGCCCCCAGGCCAGGUCCUUCCUAUCACAUUCUCGCUCCUCCUCUGCUCUCUGCCACCAACUUCACCAAACCUUACCUUCCUUUCCACUUGCACUUGCUCUUGCACUUCCACUUUCCCUGACCUCUCACGACGGACCCUUUUUUUCUUCUCCUUCACACACCCGUUCCAACCAUCAUCACUUCCGAAUACACUCCCGACCGUCGAUUCUCUCAUUCUUGUCUGCGUACUGAACCGCUUCGCAAGCUCCGACUGUCAUUUAUUGACUCGAGUCCGACGCUCCUUCUCAACCCAUUCGCGCGCCUCAUUGCCGUGA